AGCCUUUCACGUUACUGUCAAGAAAUCGGCCACCCAUCCCAGUCCACUCCACUUAUCCUUCGUCUCCUCAUCGCUCAUCAAUGGCCGACACAUCUGCCGCCACUGUCCCCGCAGAGGUGCCCAAGGCCGAGCAGCCAGCGGAGAAGGUCGUCGACGACACUCCUGGCAUCAAGCUGUUCAUUGGCAACUUAAGCUACGAUGCCAAGGACGACGACCUUAAGAAGUUCAUGCUACAGGCCGUCCAAGAGGCCGACAUUCUCUCUCACGAAGUAAGAUUCCUCGGCGCGCGUCCUGCUGGCUUUGGUUUCGUCGCCGUUUCCACCGAUGUCGCCGAAAAGGCUAUCACUGAGCUAAACGGUGUGGAAUAUAUGGAGCGCAAGAUUGUCGUUGCAACCGCUUUGUCCGCGGAAGAGAAGGAGAAGAGGCGGAGUGACAAGAAGAUGCAGCGUCGCAUCGGUCGUCGUGGCUCUAAGGCUGUUACAGGCGAAGUCACCGAGGCUGAAGCUAAUGGUGACGUCGCAGCCACUGGCGCCGAGGGCGAGAACAAGCCCAGAAAGAAGAGAAAGAGUGUCAAAAAGUUCAAGAGGACCAAGAAAGCGUCUACGACGGGAGAGAAUGGUGCUCCCGCAGAAGGUCCCGAGGAUUCUGCUGCUCCAACCAGUGAAGGCGAGAAGAAGAAAGCGCCAAGGCCCAAGCGCACGCCGAAGCCGCGUCGUGCUCCGGGUGAAGAACCCAGCGGGGAGCCGUCUAAAACGACCUUGUUUGUUGCGAAUCUGCCUUUCUCGCUCGAUGAGGAAGGUCUUAAAAACAUCUUCAAGGACUUCAAUGUGCAAUCCGUGUCUAUUCCGCCCAAAGGCUUUUAUAAGAACCAACGGUCAAAUCAGCGGUUCAGGAACAAGGGUUUCGGCUUCGUUGUGUUUGCCGACGAAGAAAACCAGAAGAAGGCCUUGGAGAGAAGCCAGGUGGAGCCUUUUGAAGCAGAAGAUAAGAAACGAAAGGAUGAUGGAAAGGAGGGUGAAACUGAAAUCGUCAAGCGUAAGCUUGAAGUCAAAGUUGCCGUCGACCCUGUGCACAAGGAGAACGGUGCAGAAAAUGCGGCUGGCGAAGCCAGUGCGACCGAGGCUGCUCCGGCUGCGUGAUUACCGACCAUAUUAUGUCCAUGCCCGAAUGUCCCCCAUGAUUCCGUCCACCCGUCCACCUUUGUGAUUAGUUCUUUCGCUAGUACUGUUUGAUAGUCCAUGGGCUGCGCUCUUAGGCUCGUUUAAUCCGUUUGUUCGUUUCUGGCGAAUGUAACAAUCAUUCCUUUGAU